CUUGUUGUCAGGGAUAUUCAAAUAUGACGUCACUGUAGUAGUCCACCAGCAUCUCCAUACUAUCGUGCAACGGUAAGCAGCGGUGUUGUGCGACCACCAUUUUUUUAGUUGCUGUAAAGGCAGCUUAAUAUCCCAGUCGCUCAUCUGUUGGAUCGUUAGGUCAGUAUUUUCUCGUUUAAAUUUUUGCGCUAGAAAUUUACACCAUGCUUGGGCGUCUUGCUUCCACCGCUGCUUUGGGCAGUUUAAGUCUUAUUAGCAUUAAGAAGCCAGAUGUACUGAGCGCCCUUACACUGCAUGCUGCCGACAAUAAAGAACCCUGUUAUGUUGGCGAUGUUAUCAAGAAAAGAGUUGGCUUCCCUCAACCCACUGCUUGUUGCAAACCUUUGAGAUUCAAGGACUUUAUUGUGUCUUACGAUUCAAAAAAUCGAAUUCCAAACUGGGUCUACGAACAUCUUCAGUACGACAAGCUCUUCAAGGAUGAUCCUUGUGACAGAAGAGUCAAAGUGGAAAGAACACAAUGUGCAAGUAACGAAGACAAAGAGAGACCCAAGUUUACACCUGAUUGUCGUAUCCAUGGCUACCAUCGUGCUGAUGCUAAAGACUACUGUGAUACUGAAUAUGAAAUGGGUCUCAUGGCGCAGCCCGAGAAUUAUCCAUAUGAUCCCGAGUCUUUCUGUGAAUGCUUCACCAUGACCAACAUAGUUCCCCAGGUUCCAGGCUUCAACUGUGGGCCAUGGUUCGAUCUUGAAUGUUACAUCAGAGAGAAGUUGGUGCGAGAAAACAAAGGUGUUUAUGUUUGCUCAGGACCCUUAUUCUUGCCAAUAAGUGAGGAUGACAAAGUUGUGAAACAAUUUGAUGUUCUGGGUGAUGGUGAAGUUUCAGUUCCAACUCAUUUCUUCAAAGUCGUAGUCAUUGAAACCCAUGAUGGCCAGCUGGAACUUGAAUCUUACAUGAUGCCAAAUGCAGAAAACAGUAAAGGCGAUGGAGAGGAUGUCAAGCUUGAUGAAUACUUGUCUCCACUUUGCCAGAUUGAACAUCAUUCAGGUCUAAUUUUCUUCCCAGAGAAAAAAUGCUUCAGCAGCAAUAACAAGAGGAGAGGCGCCAGACUGCAUGCUCUUUAAAAACAAUCAAACACUGGAGAAAAACCUUUUUACAUUGAAUGGCCACAAUAGGAUAUUUUCCUAAACAUCUUUUAUGGCCAUUUUGAUCAAUUUUCCCCAUUGUUUACAAACAUUCAAUUAGUUAUCUUCUGAACUUACUAAGUGUUUAGCACCCAAUAUAGAUGGUUCUAUACUAUGGCAAUUCAUUACAUAGACUCUCACUCUCUAGUGACUAAAACACUGAACAUUUAUUGGACCAUCUCAAACUAGAUUUGACAUGGAAGAAGAAACAAAGCAGAAACAGAGUCAUGCAGGGCUCACGAUCUCCAUUUUGUUUGAACUGAACCAACAUCCAACUCAUGAGCGAUGUCCUACCAUCAUCCAUUAACGGAUUUUUUCUAAGUGUCUACAAUUAUAAAGAAUCAUGGACCAUCACAAGAGAAAGAAAUAAUAUUGUAACAUUUAACAUCUCAUUCUCACUGAAUAGCAAUGUAUCCAAAGAACUUUGUAUAGAUUUUCCUGUAGAGUUAAUGAACAAAGAUAUUAAAAUUCUAGAAUUAAACCAUUUCCAUUGGCA